AUGCACGCAGGAACAGAGACUGGUGCGGUCACACCCCACUCCCAGGCCUCGCUGCGGCCGCUGAGUCUCACUCACGGCCCGCUCGAGUACACCGUCUUCGUUCCAACCGCUCUUUACCUCUCCGUCCUCCAUCUCCGCGACGAGUUCGCCGCCGCCCUCCCCCAGGCUACUCCCGAGCUCGCCGGUGACGACGAACCCGAGUCCACCUGUGAGCUCGUCGCGCUCUUCCUCGCCUCAAUUGUUGCGCGUGCCGAGGAGGCUCCCGGCCAGUACGAUGAUGCGCUUGCUCUCGUGCUCGCUGACUUUGAGUCUCGCUUCCUUCGCGCCAACGAGGUCCACGCCGUCGCUGCCGCUCUCCCCGGUACUCUCGCCAAGCGCGAGGAGGUCAUCCGUGCCUACUACGCCGCUCGUCUCGCUGCUCAGCGUCCGAUCAAGGGCCACGAAUCGGCUCUUCUUCGUGCCAUCUCCGACCGUCGCGCUACUGCCUACGCGAUCUUGGGCGGCCAGGGCAACAUCGAGUUCUUUGACGAGCUUCGAUCUGUCUACUCGCUCUACCACGGCCUCAUCGGCGACUUCGUUCAGGCCUGUGCCGACGAGCUUCUGAUCUUGGCCGACGAUGAGCGCACUGCUAAAGUCUACUCCAACGGCCUCGACCUCAUGCGCUGGCUCCGCGAGCCCGAGUCGACCCCUGAUUCUGACUACCUCGUCUCGGCACCCGUCUCCUUCCCGCUCAUCGGUCUUGUGCAGCUCACAAACUACGCUGCCACCUGCCGAAUCCUCGGCAAGCAGCCUGGCGAGCUUCGCGCUUACCUUGCCGGUGCCACCGGUCACUCUCAGGGAAUCGUCACCGCCGCUGCCAUCGCGGCUGCCUCGUCAUGGGAGUCUUUCUUCGAGAUUGCCAUCAAGACCAUGAAGAUCCUGUUCUGGACCGGAUGCAGAGCACAGCAGAUCUACCCCCGCACUUCCCUCGCUCCUUCCGUUCUUCAGGAUACAGUCAACGAGGGCGAGGGCAAGCCGUCGCCCAUGCUUUCGGUCCGUGACUUGGCCAGAUCCCAGGUCCAGAAGCACGUCGACCUCACAAACUCACAUUUGCCCGAGGAGAAGCACGUUUCCAUCUCGCUCGAAAACGGUGCGCGCCACUUCGUCGUCACCGGUCCCCCACAGUCUCUAUACGGUCUCUCGCUCUCUCUUCGCAAGCUGCGUGCGCCCCCUGGGCUUGAGCAGAACAGAAUCCCCUACUCGCAGCGCAAGCUCAAGUUCUCCAACCGAUUCCUUCCCAUCACUGCUCCCUUCCACUCGCCCUAUGUCAAUGCCGCCUACUCGACCAUCUCUGAGGAUCUCAAAGACAUCACCAUUGACUCUUCAGAGCUGGCGAUCCCCGUCUUUGACACCUACGACGGUCAUGAUCUGCGUGAAGACAAGGGCUCCGUCGUCAACCGCCUUGUAUACCUCGUCACCAGUUUGCCAGUCCUUUGGGAGAAGGCCACCGUCUUCCCCAACGCCACACACAUCAUCGACUUCGGUCCGGGUGGCCCCACUGGACUUGGAUUCCUCACCCAGAGAAACAAGGAGGGAACCGGUGUGCGCGUCAUCAUCGGCGGUGCUCUUGAGGGCGCCGUCUCCGAGCUCGGAUUCAAGGCUGAACUCUUUGAUCGCGAGGACAGCGCUGUCAAGUUCGCCGCCAACUGGGGACUCCAGUACGCUCCCAAGCUCGUCAAGACUGCGCAGGGCAAGACUUAUGUCGAUACCCAGUUCUCUCGCCUGCUCGGCCAGCCGCCUAUCAUGGUCGCCGGUAUGACUCCUUCGACCGUCCCGGCCGACUUUGUCGCCGCUACCAUGAACGCGGGCUACCAUAUCGAGCUUGGCGGUGGUGGUUACUUCAACGCCAAGGGUCUCACCAAGGCUUUCUAUGACAUUGAGAAGUUGACCUUCCCUGGAGCCGGUAUCACCGUCAACCUUAUCUAUGUCAACCCGCGUGCUAUGGGUUGGGCCAUUCCUCUGAUCCAGAAGCUGAGAUCUGAGGGUGUUCCUAUCGAGGGUCUUACCAUCGGUGCCGGUGUGCCUUCAAUCGAGGUCGCCAACGAGUACAUCCAGACUCUCGGAAUCAAGCACCUUGGUCUCAAGCCUGGUUCGCUCGACGCCAUCUCGCAAGUCAUUGCGAUUGCACAGGCCAACCCCAAGUUCCCUAUCAUCUGCCAGUGGACCGGUGGACGUGGUGGUGGUCAUCACUCGUAUGAGGACUUCCACAACCCGAUUCUGCAAAUGUACCCGCGCAUCCGUCGCUGCAGCAACAUCAUCCUCGUUGCCGGCUCGGGUUUCGGUGGCGCCGAAGAUACUUACCCCUACUUGACCGGUCAAUGGGCCGUCAAGUUUGGCUACCCGCCCAUGCCCUUCGAUGGUGUCUUGUACGGAAGCAGAAUCAUGGUCGCCAAGGAGGCUCACACUUCGCCUGGUGCCAAGCAGGCUAUUGUCGAUGCUCCUGGUGUCGAUGAGUCGCAGUGGGAGAGCACUUACCAGAAGCCAACUGGUGGUGUCAUCACCGUCUUGUCUGAGAUGGGUGAGCCUAUUCACAAGCUUGCCACUCGUGGUGUUCUUUUCUGGAAGGAGAUGGAUACUAUGAUCUUCAGUCUCCCCAAGAACAAGCGUCUUGAUGUUCUGAAGUCCAAGAAGGACUACAUCAUCAAGAAGCUCAACGCUGACUUCCAGAAGGUCUGGUUCGGAAAGAACUCGGCGGGUGAAGUCGUCGAUCUUGAGGAUAUGACCUACGGUGAGAUUAUCAACCGUCUCGUUGAGCUACUGUACAUCAAGGGCGAGAAGCGAUGGAUCGAUCCUUCUCUGCGUGCGAUGACUGGUGACUUUAUCCGUCGCGUUGAGGAGCGUUUCACACACGAGACUGGUCUCGAGUCUCUUCUGCAGUCAUACACUGAGCUUGAGGAUCCUGAGGCCGUCACCAAGAAAAUCUUUGAGGCCUACCCUGAGGCGAACGAUCAGAUCAUCAACAUCCAGGACAAGGAGUUCUUCCUCAUGCUUACUCUCCGUCCUGGUCAGAAGCCUGUUCCGUUUGUUCCCGUUCUGGACGACAACUUCGACACUUACUUCAAGAAGGAUUCGCUCUGGCAGAGUGAAGACCUGGGCGCUGUUGUUGGACAGGACGUUCAGCGUACUUGUAUUCUUCAGGGACCUGUUGCCGUUAAGUUUGCUACCAAGGUUGACGAGCCUGUCAAGGAGAUUCUCGACGGCAUUCAUGACAAGCACAUUGAGUAUCUCACUCGAGAUGUUUACAGUGGUGACGAGGCGAAGAUUCCUGUCAUUGAGUACUUUGGCGGCAAGGACAUUGUCUCCAGCGCUGCUGCUGCUGCUCUUAGUGCUGACAGUGUUUCGGUCACUGAGACCAGCGACUCGGUUCACUACACCGUCUCUGCCGGUCCAUCUGGCAAUGCUGCUUUGCCUCCUGUUGACGCCUGGCUCAGUCUGCUUGGUGGUGAAACAUAUGGCUGGCGUCAUGCUUUCUUCACCACCGACGUCGUCGUUCAGGGUACAAAGUACGAGACCAACCCGCUCAAGCGCGUGUUUGCUCCUGCCUACGGUAUCAAGGUCACUAUCAAGAACCCCAAGAGCAGCGAAAAGUGCAGAAUCUCUGUUUCGGAGCGCGUCAAUGGUGUCGAGAUUGUUGUGAUUGAUGCUUUCAAGAAGGACGCCAACACGAUCGAGAUGGAUUUGUACGACAACCGCACUGUUGAGCAGAAGUCUGUUGGUCUUACUCUGCUGUACACCUACCACCCGGAGGUUGGAUUCGCUCCCAUCCGGGAAGUCAUGGAGGGCCGCAACGACAGAAUCAAGGACUUUUACUGGCGUCUGUGGUUCGCUCCUGAGGAGUAUCCGGCUGAUCUGGACAUCACUGCUCCUAUCGAUGGUGGCUCGGUUGCCGUUACCGGCAAGGCGAUUGCGGACUUUGUGUACGCUGUUGGAAACAACGGCGAAGCGUUUGUUGAUCGUCCGGGCAAGACUACCUAUGCUCCUAUGGACUUUGCCAUUGUCGUUGGAUGGAAGGCUAUCAUCAAGGCUAUCUUCCCCAAGGUUAUUGACGGUGAUUUGCUGAAGCUUGUCCAUCUUUCCAACUCGUUCCGCAUGGUUCCUGGCGCUGGUCCGCUCAAGAAGGGCGACACCGUCUCGACCAAGGCUAAGAUCAACUCGGUUCUUAACCAGGAAUCGGGCAAGAUGGUCGAGGUCAGCGGCAUGCUCUCUUGCGAUGGCAAGGAAGUCAUGGAGGUCACCUCGCAGUUUCUGUACCGCGGUGUGUACACCGAUUACGAGAACACUUUCCAGCGCAAGACCGAGCUGCCUAUGCAGUUGACUUUGAACACUCCCAAGGAUGUUGCCGUGCUGCGGUCUAAGGAUUGGUUCGAGAUGAACGACGAGUACCCGACGGAUCUCCUGAAGCAGACUCUCACUUUCCGUCUUGAGACCUUCACGACAUUCAAGAACAAGACUGUGUUCUCGUCUGUGCGUACGACCGGACAGGUUCUGCUUGAGUUGCCCACGCGCGAGAUUAUCCAGAUUGCGAGCGUGAACUACGAGGCGGGCGAGUCGCACGGUAACCCGGUGAUUGACUACCUGCAGCGUUACGGAAGCACGAUUGAGCAGCCCAUCAUGUUUGAGAACUCUAUUCCUCUGAAUGGCUCGACUGAGCUUGUCAACCGCUCGCCUGCCUCGAACGAGGGAUACGCGAGAGUUUCGGGCGAUUACAACCCGAUCCACGUUUCGCGCGUGUUUGCUGCUUACGCUAAUCUGCCUGGUAACAUCACGCACGGAAUGUACUCGUCUGCGUCGGUCCGAUCGCUUGUUGAGACAUGGGCGGCUGAGAACAACGUUUCGCGUGUGCGCGGGUUCAACUGCUCGUUUGUCGGUAUGGUUCUGCCGAACGACAAUGUCGAGACCAAGCUUCACCACGUCGGUAUGAUCAGCGGUCGCAAGAUCAUCAAGGUCGAGACCACGAACAAGGACACUGGCGAGCCGGUGUUGCUUGGACAGGCCGAGGUUGAGCAGCCGAUGUCGACAUACAUCUUCACUGGUCAGGGAUCGCAGGAGCAAGGUAUGGGUAUGGACCUCUACGAGUCUAGCCCAAUUGCUAAGAACGUUUGGGACCGUGCCGAUCGUCACUUCCUCAACAACUACGGUUUCUCUAUCAUCAACAUUGUGAAGAACAACCCGAAGGAGUACACUGUUCAUUUCGGUGGACCAAGAGGCAAGGCUAUUCGCCAGAACUACACAUCGAUGAUGUUUGAGUCUGUUGAUGCGGAUGGAAAUCUCAAGUCUGAGAAGAUCUUCAAGGAGAUCACUGAGAGCUCGUCGAGCUACACUUUCCAAUCUGAGUCUGGACUUUUGUCUGCGACGCAGUUCACGCAGCCAGCGCUGACUCUUAUGGAGAAGGCGUCGUUUGAGGACAUGAAGGCCAAGGGACUUGUGCCAGCUGAUUGUUCGUACGCGGGACACUCGUUGGGUGAGUACUCUGCGCUGACGGCGCUUGGAGAUGUCAUGCCGAUUGAGUCGCUGGUUGAUGUUGUGUUUUACCGUGGAAUGACGAUGCAGGUUGCGGUUCCGCGCGACUCGCUUGGACGGUCCAACUACGGUAUGAUUGCGGUGAACCCGUCGCGAAUCUCAAAGACGUUUACGGACUCUGCGCUGCGGUAUGUUGUGGAGCAUAUUUCGCAGCAGACCAAGUGGCUGCUCGAGAUUGUGAACUACAAUGUCGAGAACCAGCAGUACGUUGCUGCCGGAGACCUGCGCGCGCUGGACUCGUUGACGAACGUGCUGAACUUCAUGAAGGUGCAGAAGAUUGACCUCGACAGGCUGACAAAGAUGAUGUCGAUUGAGGAGGUCAAGGAGCAGCUGACUGAGAUUGUGACUGAGAUUGCAAAGAAGAGCGAAGAGAAGCCGCAGCCGAUUGAUCUCGAGCGAGGGUUUGCGACGAUUCCGCUCAAGGGAAUCUCAGUGCCGUUCCACUCGUCGUACCUGCGUUCGGGCGUGAAGCCGUUCCAGCGGUUCUUGCUGAAGAAGCUGCCGCAGCAGGCGGUGAAGCCGGCGAACCUGAUUGGCAAGUACAUUCCGAACUUGACGGCGAAGCCGUUUUCGAUUUCGAAGGAGUACUUCCAGGAGGUGUACGAUUUGACUGGCAGUGCCAAGAUCCGGAAUAUUUUGGACAAUUGGGAGAAGUAUGAGACGGCGGCGUGA